AUGCAAAGCACAUCUUCUUCUGAUAUACAAAAUGAGGUCAAUUCUGUUAUCGACCAUAAAAUUACCUUGUCAGAAUCAAUACUUACUAAUCAAGCAAAAAAUACUGAAAUCAAAAUUCCAUAUAAUAAAAGAGUUGAGCAAGACUUAAGGCACGACUUAUCUGUGUUUAUUAAAGAGAAUAAUAAUAAAGUUAGUGAAGUAUUUGAUAUAAAAAUUCCUGAAUUUUCGUUAGAAGUAAUUAUAACAGGAUCUAGCAAAAUUACAGCACAAAAUAUAGCCGAUUUAUUUGUUAUAGUAAUGAAAGUUAGACAAAAAGAGAUUUUAUACUGGUAUUGUUACUAUAAAACAUAUGAGGAUCGAACUGAAGACAUUAAACGUGUAAAUAAAAUUGAUAAUCAAUUAGCAAGAACAUUGAUAUACAAUGAGAUAAAAGCACUUCUCCCAGAUAUCACCAAUGUAAACUUGCGUCAAAGAACAUUCAGAGCAAAAAAGAUUUAUACGUUACUUGUGGGAAUAGGAAUAGAAAAAAUCCAAGCAAUAACAUGUAGUGCAAGUGCAAUCUCGAGUUUAACUGACAAUCAGAUUCAAGAUAUUAUAAUUUGUUUUCCUAAAAAAUUUAUUAGCAUAGAUGACUCUUCGGUUAAAUACCAAAAAAUGAUCAGCAUUACAAAUUGUAACGCGCACGUGACUGAACAAACUUUAUCAGAAACUGAGGUAAGUAUUACAACCACUUCCUCAUCAUCUCAAAUCUCUAAUUUGAAAGAUAUAGUAAAUAAGAAUGACGAAUUUUCAGAAAUCGUAAAUGUAUUUGAUGACUUUUCAGAUUCUAACUUUGAUAGUAGUGAGGAUAAUGAAGAAGACGAAGAUAUUAGUUCCGCUAUCUUAUGUUCUGCUAAUUCAUUUCACUUAUUUUUGAGGUUUUGUAAAAGAUAUAAGAAAAAAACUGAACUCGAUCUCUGGUUAAACUUUGAAACUUUCCAAAUCGAAGAGAACACAGAUAAUUAUAUGAGUUAUGAUUGUAUUAUCAAAAUUUCUAAAUUUUCAGAUGAGAAAGAUAUAAUUAUUGAAGCAGUACAUAAACACUUCCCUUUCUUGACAUAUAUCAAUUCUAAUGCAUGGUAUCGAGAUGUUUUUAAAUAUACCGAUUCAGAAGCUAAAUGUCCAAUAUGUAAAGAGGUAUAUACAAGAUAUUGUAUAUGGGACGAUUGGAGUUGUCUAGGUAAAGAUGAUUACUAUUAUCUCAAUUGUUCUUUUCGUAUUGAUCAAAAAAAAGUUAUAAUUGCUAAACAGAACUUAUUGGAAAUUCAAGCUGAGAAAAAAAGAUGGGAUAGAGAAUGUUUUCGUGAAGACUUGAAGAGAGAUAUACAGUUCCAUCGCAGUGGAAUAGAGAGGAAGGAAGAUUCUAGAAAAUAUUGUAAAUUUUUAACAAAUUGGGAAAGACUGGUCGGUGAAGAAUUAUUAUGUCGUAGUAUAUUAGAAAGUGGUUUAAGUACUGUAUGA